AUGUAUAAUUGGUUCUUUGAUAAAGAGGUAUCAAAGAGAGAGACUCAUCGGGGCUUAUUGUUGGUGGCUCAGUGUAAAAUUCCUAUAGAUCUUACUAUUAUUAUUAUUGUUAGAUGGCUUUAUUUUGUAAAUCGAUGUUUGACCAAGCUAAAGUCAUAUGAUAAUCUGGUUUGUUAUAAAAUCACAGAGCACAGUUUCUUUGUUAGUGUUCAAGGAGAAAAGAUACAUGCAAAUGCAAAUGCAAAUGCAAAUGCAAAGGCGCAUGCAAAUCCACACACAGAAGUAUUUGCGUUUUUGUCGAUUAUCCGAUCAAAAUCAAAAUCAAAAGUUCAAGUAAAGAAAAUGGUGUUUGCUACUACUGUGAGGAAGGAAUUUGAUUCUGUAACCUAUUUUAAUUAUAUAGAUAAUUAG